ACUGAAACGUCUGUUAGGCCUUCUGCAUUCAUUUCAUAAAGCCUCCACUUUACAUCCCUCCUCCUUUUUGCUGGUUUGUGUCACAAACCCGGGUUCGAGGAGGGUGACACUGCAGCAGAUCUCAUUGCUCACCCUGCUCCAGCCAUGGGCAAAAAGGACUGUCCUGAGGGCCAGAGGUGGGACAGACUCCUCAUGGCCUGUGUGACCGACAGUAAAGAAACCAGACUACGGACUGAACAACCCAGAGUUAAUCUGACAUUCCCGUCAGAGCCGCCCAUGACCGCCGUUGGCCAGCUCCGAGCAACAGAAGCCACAACCCCGACCGAAUCCAUGAUGGCACUGAAUCCAUUCCUGUGGAUCUUUGUGGUUCUGGCCACACUGGGCUCCAUCUUGGCUCUGGCUCUUUGGUUUAUCAUAUACAGACGACAGACCAGACGCAGCAGCACCCCCGCAGAGGAGGCGCUGCCAGCACUGGAGCUUCUUCACAACACAGACCCACCUGCUGAAUUCCAUUCAGAAAGAAACGGCCAAGGGGAGAUGUUUCAGAGAGCAGCAGAGACCUCUUCGCUCUGUCAUCACCAGCAUCUGGGGGCCCAGACUGGCACAAAAUGGGAGGACAACUUCAACGCAUGCAGAGGCCCUGCAGGACAUGCAGGACCGGAGGGGGGUGGAGUUCUGUCAGCAUGCAGCACCAUGGUGGAGCACAGGAUCCCACUUCCUGCCACAGAGCUCGGCGGCACUGCCUUAGUUACCACGAAAACCGUGUAGAGCCGCGUGUGCUGGUAUUACUCAUGCUGUGACAUGAUUCAAAAUUGUAUCACCUCACAGUAAUUGCAUUACUUCCAAGCUGAACAGCAGGGCAUUUGCUCAUAUGUAAAGAUGUUCUGCCGUUCUUCAGGGACUUUGCUCUUUGCUGGAGGGGUUGAGUUGCUCUGCCUUCCUCUAAAAUACACCUAAGGUGUUCUGUUGGUUUCAAGUCUGGCAACAUACUUGACCAGAUCAUAAUGUUCAUUUUGAUCUUCUGAAAUACUCCAGUGUGAUUUUUGGCAGAGUGCUUUGGAUCAUUAUCAUGCUGGAACUUUCCUCUUCUACCAAGCUUCUGUAGACUAGCUUGUCAGUUAGUAUUUUGGUACAUCCACAGGCCUCCCACCUCCAUGCUUCACUGUCAAAGGUAGACUUGGCCGGAUUCACACCAAACAUGCUGACAGCAUCUGAACAAUACAAAUUUACCAGGUCAGAUCUGACAGUAAAGGAAUCUUAAUUUUGCGCUUGAGAGCAACAAAGAGUUUGUUAUUAAGAGAAAUUCUCCACUUGCCAGCUUCGCAAAAAUGCAAUUAUUGAGAGGCGAUAAAGUUUGGAGUCCUCUGACAUUUAAGUGAUGUUGCACCUCUGUUGUACAAUGUAAAUUUGUUUGUCAUAUUGUGGGACUCGUCUCCAUUUUGAAGACGAAAAACAAGUUUGAUUAAGGUGAAUUUACAAGGAAUGUCAAGUCGAUUUAACGUCCUCUAAUGUGAUGGAAAGAUGUGUUCUUUGAAGCUUUUCUUCACUGUGUUUAUUCUCUGUGAGCUGAGAAUUCUACCCGUCUACCAUGUUUUUAUGGUUUAACUAUUAGAAUUUUCUACAGUUGUUGUUGUUAUCGUUGUUUCUUAUUGCAAAGUGUUGUUAAAAGAAAAAAAAACAAGGAAGCUGCUUUGUAUGUUUUGCCAUUUUUCAAAGAUUUUUCAUUAAAACACAAAAUCAUCACAGACACA